UCAUCAACCCGAAUGAAAAACAUGGCGAAACUCGUUGCUGCUUUCUCUUCUUUCGCUUGUCGCUACUCUAAUGGUGGUAUUCUAUUCUUUCUUGCUUCUUCGACCUUCUCUUGUAGUUAUGAGCCCAAAGCUUGAAUAUUGAGUAUCCCCAAAGAGAGAAUAUUAGAAAGAAAGAUGCUUUCGAAAUUCCCAGUUAUCCAGUUGAAAGAAUCUGUACCAGCAACACCCACUCCUUUGAUUUUGUUUCAAAAGGACUUUUGCAAGUUUGGUUGCUCUCCAUUCAAUUCUUCUGACCGCAGGUUGAGGUUUAAGGUUGUAAGUCAGUCGCUUGGGAAUAGAUGGAAGCUUAGAGACAUUGAUGCUAAGGCAGUCCAAGAAAGAGUCAAUUCAUGGCUAUCAAAGACCCAAAAUCUUUUGAAUGAGGUAACUUUGCCACUGGUAAAAUCUGGUCCGAGUGGAAAGCCUGAUCCUGGAACUGUAUUUGAUUCUCUGGUGCUGGAGGAAAUAUUUAUGGCAGAACAGACUAUUCAUAGUAGCACACCAAAUGGAGUUCUCUCAUUGGCUGCUAUAGUAUCCAUUGAGCAAUUUAGCAGGAUGAAUGGAUUGACUGGCUAUAAAAUGCAGAAGAUAUUUAAAGCACUCGUCUCCGAAUCUGUUUAUAAUGAUGCCCGUAAUUUGGUGGAGUAUUGCUGCUUUAGGUUCUUGUCAAGGGAUAAUGCUGCUAUUCAUCCCUGUCUUAAGGAACUGGCAUUCCAGCAACUAAUUUUCAUAACAAUGCUUGCAUGGGAUAAUCCUUACCACAAAGGAGAUGGAUCUGAAAAAGCUUCUCUUCAGGGGAAGCUUGUUGGAGAAGAGGCUUUUGUACGCAUUGCCCCUGCUAUUUCAGGUGUGGCUGAUCACUCCACAGCACAUAACCUUUUCAAGGCUCUUGUUGGGGAUGAAAAAGGCCUUUCUUUGGCCUUGUGGUUAACUUAUGUCGAAGAACUUCUCAAGGUGCAUGAAGGACGGAAAUUAUACCAGAAUCGUGAGUUUCCCAUGCUUUCAGAGGAGAGAAUAUUAUGCAUCGGUUCUAGCCGGAAGCGUCCUGUUCUAAAAUGGGAGAAUAACAUGGCAUGGCCAGGAAAAGUUACAUUAACUGAUAAAGCACUAUAUUUUGAGGCUGUUGGCUUGAGCAAGCAGAAAGAUCCAAUAAGGUUUGACCUUACUAGAAGUGAGAUACAGGUGGAGAAAACAAAAGUUGGACCUAUGGGCUAUGUGCUUUUUGAUUCUGCAGUAUCCAUUUCAUCUGGUCCUGAAUCAGAGACAUGGGUGCUAGAAUUUGUUGACUUGGGAGGUGACUUGAGAAGAGAUGUUUGGCAUGCAUUUAUAAAUGAAGUUAUUUCUUUGCACAAGUUCAUCUGUGAGUUUGGGCCUGAAGAACAUGAUCAGUCAAUAUUUCAAGUGUAUGGUGCUCAGAAUGGGAAGGAAAGGGCAAUAACCAGUGCCAUUAAUAGCAUUUCUAGACUUCAGGCCCUUCAAUUUAUGCGAAAGUUGCUGGAUGAUCCCAUCAAACUUGUUCAGUUCUCUUUUUUGCGGAAGGCACCUUAUGGAGACAUUGUUUACCAAACUCUAGCUGUAAAUUACUGGGGUGGACCUUUAGUUAAAAAAUCUACUGUGGCAGAAUACGCACCAGCACAAGGAGCAAGGUCUUCUGAUGGGUUAAUAGAAAUUAGUAAUAAUGUAUUUGACAUAGAUGGAAGUGUUUACUUACAGAAGUGGAUGAAGUCUCCCUCUUGGACUUCCGCUGCUUCCAUUAACUUCUGGAAGAGCUCUUCAAUUAAGCAAGGGGUUGUAUUAAGUAAAGAUCUUGUUGUGGCUGAUGCAACUCUUGCGGAGAGGGCAGCAAUAACAUGCAAAGAAAAAUACCAGGUGGUUGAGAAAACUCAAGCAACAAUUGAUGCUGCAAUGUUACAAGGGAUACCAAGUAACAUCGAUCUUUUCAAGGAACUGAUAUUUCCUCUGACUAUGGCUGCCAAGAAUUUUGAAAAACUGAGACGGUGGGAAGAGCCACAUUUGACCAUAUUUUUUCUUGCAUUUGGAUAUUCAGUUAUUUUCAGAAAUUUGCUGCCAUAUGUAUUUCCAAUGAUGUUGAUGGUCUUGGCGACUGGGAUGCUAACACUAAAGGGGCUUAAGGAGCAAGGUCGCUUGGGAAGAUCUUUUGGAAAAGUUACCAUCCGUGAUCAACCACCUUCGAAUACCAUCCAAAAGAUUAUAGCUGUAAAAGAUGCCAUGCGUGAUGUGGAAAAUUAUCUCCAGAAUCUGAAUGUCACACUUCUAAAAUUGCGCACAGUUAUUCUUUCAGGUCAUCCUCAGAUAACGAGUGAGGUUGCUCUGGUGUUGUUGGCUUCUGCAACCAUUCUUCUUAUUGUCCCAUUCAAGUAUGUUGCUGCCUUUGUUCUUUUUGAUCUCUUCACUCGGGAGCUCGAGUUCCGUAGGGAAAUGGUUAAGAAGUUCAUAACCUUUCUAAAGGAUCGUUGGGAGACAAUACCUGCAGCCCCUGUAGUUGUGUUACCUUUUGAAUAUGAUGAGUCAACAUCAACAAAUCGAAAGGAGAAAAUUAAUAAUAAAAGAUCAGAAAAAAGUUAAAAGUAGAGGCAUGCCUUGGAUAAUUUGUGACACAGAGAAAGCUUUGUAAAAGAAAAUGCCACCUUGUAAUUUUCAUUGGUCCACUUUUGUGUACGAUGAACGCUUUAAGGGUGAGAAUUACUCUUGUUGGCUCCAAGCAGCUUUCAUGCAGGUUAAAAAGGAAGGGCAUGGCUGGAUGUAGGGAGGCAGGUAGAGUUAUGUAGAAUUCAUAUUUAUUGAAAUCAAAGUAAAAUAAUACAAAGGUGCUUUCAAAUUUUCAUUGAAGGGUGGUGUCUUAUUCUGAACAUAACAGCAAGUAAUCCACCAAUACUUACCGAAUAGGUGACAACCAAUCUUUACAGAUCGUUAAGCUUUAUGGUCAAGAAUUAAGUUUGAUGCUGCACAUGUAAAUUUAGUCUGCUUGUGCCAUCUUGUAAGUUGUUGCCAACCCAAGUAAUAACUUAGUAAAUGUAUUUAGAGAAUUGCAGGAUACAACGACUAUAAAUGGUGGCCCUUCAAAACUAUUUGUACAGAAUGUUCUGUUCUAAAAUUGACUUUUAUUGAAAUUCCUUAGAGAACGAUAAAAUUUUACAUUUUCUGAGAAUUGUAAGCUUGUACUUGUGUUGAAACAUUCUACUAUAUGGAGGAAGGUGCCUUCAAAAAGUUCUCACCUUUUUUCUUUUCUUAAA